CACAUCAACAACCAUGAACAGCUUUACUAAAGAAGAGUCUGACUGCCAUAUCCUCGAUGAAGGCUUUACUGCCAAGGACAUCCUGGACCAGAAAAUUAAUGAAGUUUCUUCCUCUGAUGAUAAGGAUGCUUUUUAUGUUGCGGACCUUGGAGAUAUUCUAAAGAAGCAUCUAAGAUGGCGAAAAGCUCUUCCUCGUGUCACUCCCUUUUAUGCAGUCAAGUGUAAUGACAGCAGAGCCAUAGUGAACACCCUGGCCGCCAUUGGGACAGGAUUUGACUGUGCAAGCAAGACUGAAAUACAGUUGGUGCAGGGGCUUGGGGUGCCUCCAGAGAAGAUUAUCUAUGCAAACCCUUGUAAACAAGUGUCUCAAAUCAAGUAUGCUGCCAGUAAUGGAGUCCAGAUGAUGACUUUUGACAGUGAAAUUGAGUUGAUGAAAGUCGCCAGAGCGCAUCCAAAGGCAAAGUUGGUUUUGCGGAUUGCCACUGACGAUUCCAAAGCAGUUUGCCGCCUCAGUGUUAAGUUUGGUGCCACACUCAAAACUAGCAGGCUUCUCUUGGAACGGGCGAAAGAGCUAAAUAUUAAUGUCAUCGGUGUCAGCUUCCAUGUGGGCAGUGGAUGUACUGAUCCUGAGACCUUCGUGCAAGCUGUGUCGGAUGCCCGCUGUGUCUUUGACAUGGGAACAGAAGUUGGCUUCAGCAUGUAUCUGCUUGAUAUUGGUGGUGGCUUUCCUGGAUCUGAGGAUACGAAGCUUAAAUUUGAAGAGAUCACCAGUGUAAUCAACCCAGCUCUGGACAAGUACUUCCCAGCAGACUCUGGAGUGAAAAUCAUAGCCGAGCCAGGCAGAUACUAUGUCGCUUCAGCUUUCACGCUUGCAGUCAAUAUCAUUGCCAAGAAAACCGUAUGGAAGGAGCAGACUGGCUCUGACGAUGAAGACGAGUCAAGUGAGCAAACCUUCAUGUAUUAUGUGAAUGAUGGAGUAUAUGGAUCAUUUAACUGCAUUCUUUAUGAUCAUGCACAUGUGAAGCCCCUGCUGCAGAAAAGACCCAAGCCAGAUGAGAAGUAUUACUCAUCCAGCAUCUGGGGACCAACGUGUGAUGGUCUUGACCGGAUCGUGGAGCGCUGUAACCUGCCUGAGAUGCAUGUGGGUGACUGGAUGCUCUUUGAGAACAUGGGUGCAUACACCGUUGCUGCUGCUUCUACUUUCAAUGGGUUCCAGAGGCCGACCAUCUACUACGUAAUGUCACGGCCAAUGUGGCAACUCAUGAAGCAGAUCCAGAGCCAUGGCUUCCCGCCGGAAGUGGAGGAGCAGGAUGUUGGUACUCUGCCCAUGUCUUGUGCCCAGGAGAGUGGGAUGGACCGUCACCCAGCAGCCUGUGCUUCUGCUAGUAUCAAUGUGUAGAUGCCAUUCUUGUAGCUCUUACCUGCAAGUUUAGCUUGAAUUAAGGGAUUUGGGGGCACCAUUUAACUUAAUUAUGCUAGUUUUUGGAAUGUCUUGUAAGAGUAGGGUCAGCACCAAUGCAGUAUGGAAGGCUAGGAGAUGGGGUCACACUUACCUGUGUUCCUAUGGAAACUUUGAAUAUUUGUUUUAUAUGGAUUUUUAUUCACUUUUCAGACAUGAUACUAACGAGUGCCCCCUCAGCUGCUAAGCAAGCAUUUGUAGCUUGUACAUUGGCAGAAUGGGCCAAAAGCUUAUGUUGUGACCCGUUUUGAAAAUAAAGUAUCUUGAAAUAA